AUGUCGACAACCGCCGGCAGCACCCAGUCGUCGUCAUCGCCGCAGUGGUCUGACCUGCCAGACGACCUCCUCGGGCUGGUCCACCUCAGGCUUGCCUGCCCGCGCGAUCGUGUGCGCGUCGCCGCCGUUUGCAAGGGGUGGCGAGCCGCCGCGUCGCUGCUCCCGCGGCCGCCGGGCCGCCCGCUUCUGCUCGUGUCGUUGCGGCGUGUCCGAUGCAACGGGACGAAGCGGCUGUGCGGCCCCGACGACAGCUGGGUUGUGCGCGUUCCAGACAAGGCAGAAGACAAGUGGUUCCUGGGCUCACACGAAGGCGGCUGGGUCGCUGCAGUCGACUGGAGCAAGCUCGUCAUCGUGAAUCUCUUCUCUGGUGCGGAGGUGGAGGCCAGCCCAUCUCUAGACGUAGAUGACAUCGGAACAACCAGCCUUCGAAAAAUCAUCUUCUCCGAAGCCCCCACCUCUAGCAGCUGCAUCCUUGCAGCCAUAGCUUAUCAGCGGUAUCACAUUGCACUGUGUAAAGUUGGCCGCCACCAGAGCGGGUGGACCGUAAAAAGUUUGGGCGAAAAGUUCAUUGUAGACAUCGCAUUCUGCAAAGGUGAGCUAUAUGGUCUUGUAUAUCCUAACGAGGAGCUGAUCAAGUUCAAAAUUGACAUGAAGGCAGAGGGCACGCCGGUCAUCACAUCCUGCCACCCGCUGGCCAUCGAAAGGCGCCACGGUCCCCAGGUAUAUGAGGCCCAUCUCAUCGAGCUACACGGCAAGCCAUCCAUGGCAAUAGAUCGUUGGUGGUUGCCGAACCGAGAGUCCUUCUUCAAGAUUUUUACACUUGUCGACACCGAUAACGACAAGGCUUACAAGUACAAGUGGGCAGAAGUACUUAAUUUUGGUGACCACGCCUUGUUCUUAGGGGUGAAUUGGUCUAAGGCUGUGCACGUGACGGCAGAUGGGCAUCAUGGUUUGGAGAGAAAUCAUGUCUACUACUCCGAAGAAAACUUAUCACCAACAAAGAAGUUGCCCGAUGAUGUGGUGUACCUUGUUACAAUUGACAACGACGGGCAAAUGUACUGUAGGGAAGACCAAAGUGUUGGUGAUGGGGUCGAGAGGACAGGAUAUUACGUGACGAGUCGUAAACAUCGUCCCAUGUGGGUUUGCCCUACAUUGUUGUAG